AACCGCCAGAAGCCGCUCGGCACAUUCAGUGCAGAGAGAAGCAGGGAUCUUUAGUGAGGGAGAACUUUGUCGCUAUGAAACUUAGGUCUAUUUGCGAAAUAUUGUCAAAAUUGUCCAAACCCCUCGUAAAUCCAUGUGCUGGCCCUAGGGUGGGAGGUUUCUAGCUCAGUUCGCCCGUCGGGGGGGCCUCGCCACUCACUCUUCUGACACUUUUUUUGUGUGGUGGAAAGAAUGUGUGAGACAGACAGUUAGCCGGCUAGCUAGUUAGCAGCUAGCUAGCUAGCCGAGGAGGUGACACGGGCGGAUAGCAGCGGGAGAGAACAAAAGAUUUUUUAUUUGGAUUUUUUUCUUUUAGUGGUCUUUUUGGUUGUGUACUGACACCCAAGUCCAUGCAGAACGCGUUGUUAGCACCACAAAAUGCCCGUUUUACUUUUCCUGGUAGACACGUCCGCGUCCAUGAACCAGCGCAGCCAUCUGGGCACUACCUAUCUGGACAUAGCAAAAGGCGCUGUUGAGACUUUUAUGAAGCUCCGAGGGAGAGAUCCGGCGAGCCGAGGGGACCGGUACAUGUUGGUAAAUUAUGAAGACAUUCCUUUCGGGAUCAAGGCCGGAUGGAAAGAGAGCCAUGCCACUUUUAUGACUGAACUGAGGAAUCUGCAGGCCACCGGGCUCACCAGCAUAGGCCAGUCACUGAGGACGGCCUUCGACCUGCUCAAUCUCAAUAGACUAGUGACUGGCAUUGACAACUACGGGCAGGGAAGAAACCCAUUUUUCCUGGAGCCCGCUAUCAUCAUCGCAAUCACUGAUGGAAACAAGUUAACCACUAGUGGUGGCGUCCAAGAUGAGCUCCAUCUCCCAUUAACGACGCCCCUGCCAGGCAGCGAGCUAACCAAGGAGCCCUUCCGUUGGGAUCAACGUCUUUUUGCGCUAGUGCUGCGCAUACCUGGCCAUGCGUCAGUGGAGCCUGAGCCAGUUGGUGGCGUCCCGUCGGAUGAUUCGCCCAUCACGCCCAUGUGUGAGGUUACUGGAGGGCGCUCAUACAGCGUGUUCUCUCAGCGCAUGCUGAAUCAGUGUCUGGAGUCUCUGGUCCAGAAGAUCCAGAGUGGCGUAGUCAUCAACUUUGAGAAGACUGGGCCUGACCCUCCCCCGCUGGAUGAUGCACCACCUGAGAAGCCAGGCCCACAGCCUUGGCAUUGUUGCCACAAGCUCAUCUAUGUCCGGCCCAAUCCUAAAACGGGUGUCCCUAUCGGACACUGGCCUGUACCUGAGGCCUUCUGGCCAGACCAGAACUCCCCUACGCUGCCCCCUCGUUCAGCGCACCCUCACGUUCGCUUCUCCUGCCUGGACGCAGAGCCCAUGGUGAUUGACAAGGUUCCCUUUGACAAGUACGAGCUGGAGCCCUCGCCGCUCACGCAGUACAUCCUGGAGAGGAAGUCUCCUCACACCUGCUGGCAGGUGUUUGUAUGCAACAGUGCCAAGUACAGUGACCUGGGCCAGCCCUUUGGCUACCUAAAGGCCAGCACGGCACUAAACUGCGUCAACCUGUUUGUCAUGCCCUACAACUACCCUGUACUUCUACCGCUUCUGGACGACCUCAUCAAAGUGCACAAAUUCAAGCCCACCCUCAAAUGGCGGCAGUCCUUUGAGAACUACCUUAAGACCAUGCCUCCAUACUACAUUGGGUCCUUGAGAAAGGCACUAAGGAUCAUGGGAGCUCCCAACCUAUUAGCGGACAACAUGGAGUAUGGCUUGAGCUACAGUGUUGUUUCCUACCUUAAAAAGCUCAGCCAGCAGACCAAAAUGGAGUACGAUCGCCUGAUCGCUUCCAUUGGGAAGAAGGCACCGCCUGAGACGGGCAUCAAGGUACGGUGGAGGGGCGGAGGGAUCUCGCUGGCCCAGCGCAGAGAUUUCAUCCAACAGCUUUUGAGUAUCUCGAGUGACGCCCCAGCACCGCUAUUGGAACUCAACCCCAAAGAGUUCCAAGGAUUCCACCUGGCGCUCCUCAACAAGAGCCUGAAACCUCAGACCUUCCGGAACCCUUACGACAUACCCCGCAGUCACCUACUGGACCAGCUCAGCCGUAUGAGGAGAAACCUACUCAACACAACAGUCUGCACCCUGCGAGGGUAUGACACAGAUCAAAUCCACAGCGUUCCCAUCGCCCAAAUGGGAAACUACCAAGAUUUCCUGAAAGCCGCUCCCCAACCCCUCCGAGACGCCGACCCCGAGCAGCCGAAGCGCCUGCACACCUUCGGCAACCCUUUCAAACUGGAUAAGAAGGGCAUGAUGAUUGACGAGGCUGACGAAUUUGUGACGAGCCCUCAGAACAAAGGGAAAAGACCUGCGGACAACAACAUGAUGGGUGGUGGACCAAAGAGGAGGCGCUGCAUGUCGCCCCUUCUGCGCCUGGGACGGGCCUACACGCCCCCCAUAACCCCACCUGCUAGUCCACGACCCACCUCGGACGUGGACGAUCAUGACAGCGAACCAGAAUUGAUCAUCAACCACCUCAAUCAGAACCACUGCAGCAGCCCGGACCCGACCUCUGACCCAGACAGUUCGGGUACCGUCGAUCCUCAGGAGAACCACUCGGACCCGCAGCACGUCUCGCACAGGGACAGUGAGGAGGAGAACGGCGAGGACUGUGAGGAAAGGGAAGAGAGCAGCGCAAACGUGAUACUGGUGGGGGAACACCUUCCUCGGUAUCUGUCUCCCACCGCUCUGAAAAAGCACAUCCAGAACGAGACCACGAAAGUCAACAACGAGCUGAAGAGGCUCAUCACUAAGGAGAUUAGGAAGCCCGGCAGACACUAUGAGAAGAUCUUCUACUUCCUGAAGCAAAUCCAAGGCACGCUGGACACUCGGCUUAUCUUCCUCCAAAACAUCAUUAAAGAGGCGGCCAGGUUCAAGAAGCGUGUUCUGAUCGAGCAACUGGAGAACUUCCUCGAGGAGAUCCAUAACAGGUCCAACAACAUCAACCACGUGGACGCACUCUGACCGCCGCCUUAAACUGAACUUUUAACCAACUAACAAGGACGACUUAUUUCUUUUUGGACUCCGCACACGACAGAUGUGUCGGUUUUCGGCCCGGAUGACCUGAAUACUUUCAUCGUUCUACGAUGACGAAUGUGGUAACGUUUUGGACCUUUUUGGGAAAAAAUGGCUUGUGGUUUCUGUGAAACCAAUACGGACGUCAUCCCUCCCCCGCCAAUCCAAAACCUUACGGAGCGCUCAAUGUUGAUUUUUUUUUUUUUUUUUUUUUUUUUUGUGGCACUUUUGGUGAGGGUUUUUCAUCUAUAUAUUCGAUGCUCCGCAGAAACAAGCACUCCUCGUUAAUGGUCCAAAAAUGAGAUUGACUGGAUGUGUGGCAAACAGUGGAUGGGUAGGUUGCCCACUGAUUGUCAACAGAUUGGUCACCUAAAGAUAGACGGAUGACCGGCGGGCAACCAAAGAGCAAAUGAGUAAGUGGUGACUUGGGGCUGAAGAGUGACUCAUGAAUGCCUUGAUGCCAAUUUGUGAAUCCUGCUUGUUCAGCGAAAGACAGGCGACCAAUUCGUGACUGAGUGGUGACCAAAGGGCAACCGGAGAAAAAAAAUGACAAAUACUGUGCGUAUGUGUGUUACUUGGUGAGCGGUAACAAAUGAGUCUAUGUGAUUGGUUGGCGGCAUUGACAGGGACAAAAAGCUCAGGAAGUGACAUUUUAGUUUUGAACUCACGUGCACAUGUGUAAAAUUGCAGAUUUAUUUUGUGUCGUUAAGACACAGUUCCUGGCCGUACAGGUGAUUUUAAGUUUAUUUUUUUGAUGGCUUCGGAAUCUCCAAACUACUCAAACAGAUAAUUGCUUUGCGAUUUCUUUGGGCAGGUUCUAAAAUCUCCAAACCACGCCAA